CCUCCUUUUCCCUCCCCUAUGCCCGCCCCCCCCCGUGCCCUCUCCCCGUCUCCCCCCGACCUGCCUGUUCCCUAUGGAGAGCGCCAUGGAUUUCCAGCCGGCCCCCGAUCUGCCAGCCAUGGACACAGAAGAAGGGCAGCGCGGUGCCCCCCGAGCCACUGCAGCCGAGGGGCAGCUGGAGGGGCCCGCCUUCAGCAGCACCACUGUGGAUCAGCAGAGGAGUCUGGAGCCUGGAUCGGGGCCUGCUUCAGCCAUGAACCUUAACAGCGGGGAUGAACAAAGCGGGCUUUGCAGGAACUCAGGAAGAGAGAUGGAAGAGGAGGUGGUGACCACUGGUCCACAGAGCCCCACAGACUGGAGACCGAGUGUUGAGAGCAUCUCUCGGGACACGGGACCCCCCCGCACCCCCAGCAGUGGCACCAUGGAGCUGGAUGAGGAGCCUGAGGAGGAGCCCUCAGAGAUGCAGGGGCUGCUGGCCCAGCUGGAGACCCUCAGCCCCAGUCUGUGCGAUGCCCCCAACACAGCCCCUGUGGCAGGCAAGCGGGGCUAUGCAGAGUGCAGGGGUGAGUGCCAGCCCUGCCCGCUGCACGUGGCCACAGGCAGGGGCCUGGCUGUGCAUCCCUGCUGUGCGCAGCACUCGGCCCACUCACGGCCUUGCCACGGCUUGCUCUUUGCUGAGGCCGACCGGGAGGACCUGCUGAACCUCCUGUGCUAUGAGGGGGGGUUGCCUGAGGCUGACACUGAGACACCCCUGACCCGCUCUGAAGUCUUGGCUGGGACCAAGCUGGAGAUGCUGCAGACGCCUGAGGAACACACUGCUGCCCAUGGGCCGGGAGGGCCGGAUGGUUCGGAGGAAGGACCUUCUGGCAGCUGGAUUUAUGGAGAUGGGCUCAGUGAGGACAAACCCACCUGUGAGGGCAGUCGAGACAGCUCGCCAGAGCCGACCUGGGCAGAAUUGUCUCCUGCUGUGACCCCAGAGAAGGAGCGUCCGCCACAAAGCAGUGUGACUAACAAGGAAUCCCCCUCCUCCUGCCUGGCCUUCAAAGAAGUUCCAGGCCCCUGUGACCCAGAGGAUCUUCUGGACGGUGUGAUUUUUGGGGCAAAGUACCUGGGCUCCACACAGCUGGUUUCAGAGAGGAACCCCCCUACCAGCGUCCGCAUGGCACAGGCACAGGAGGCUGUGGACAGAAUCAAGGCACCAGAGGGAGAGUCCCAACCCAUGACAGAGGUGGAUCUGUUUGUCUCCACACAGAGGAUCAAGGUGCUGACAGCUGACACGCAGGAGGCCAUGAUGGAUCACUCCCUGCAGACCAUCUCCUACAUCGCUGACAUCGGCUCCCUCGUGGUGCUCAUGGCACGCCGCAAGCUGCCUCGGAGGGCAGAGGCAGCGGAGGAGAAGCGGCUCUACAAGAUGAUCUGCCAUGUCUUCCACUCGGCUGAUGCCCAGAUCAUCGCUCAGGCCAUCGGGCAGGCGUUUGGUGUGGCCUAUCAGCGCUUCCUAGAGGCCAACAGCAUCGACCCAAGUGAGCUGAGCCCUCGUCAGUACAGCCGUACCCUUGAAGACCAGGAGCAGUACAAUGCAGAGCUGACCCACUUCUCCCGGCAGGAGAACUGCAAGGAUGUCUGCAUCCGGAAGCAGAAGGGGGAGAUUCUGGGCAUUGCCAUCGUGGAGUCGGGCUGGGGCUCCAUCCUGCCUACUGUUGUCAUCGCCAACCUGAUGCACGGGGGCCCUGCAGAGAGGUCGGGUGAGCUGAGCAUCGGGGACCGCCUCAUGUCCAUCAAUGGGACGAGCCUGGUGGGGCUGCCCCUCACCACCUGCCAGAGCAUCAUCCGGGAACUGAAGCACCAGACAGAGGUGAUGCUGAACAUAGUGCACUGCUCCCCUGUCACCACAGCUGUCAUCCGGCGCCCUGACUCCAAGUACCAGCUGGGCUUCUGCGUGGAGAACGGUGUGAUCUGCAGCCUGAUGCGUGGGGGCAUCGCUGAGAAAGGCGGCAUCCGUGUGGGGCACCGCAUCAUCGAGAUCAACGGGCAGAGCGUGGUGGCCACACCUCACGAGAAGAUCAUCCAGAUCCUCACACAGGCGGUCAGCGAGGUCCACAUCAAGACCAUGCCAGCCUCUACGUACCGCCUGCUGACGGGGCAGGAGCAGCCCGUCUUCCUCUGAGCGCUGCCUGGGCCCAGCUGUCACUGCACACCUCUGGGGCCACCGCUCUGCCUGCUGCCCCAGCACUGCCACCAGAGCCCUCUGGCCCCUGGAGGGCCUAAUCCUGCUCCCUUUCAGUUGGACUCAGGAUGCAAUAGGAGGCUGUGGGCCGAUGCUCAGCUUCAGCAUUAGGGCCUACAGUGCCCGUGAUCCUUCUCCAUAUCCAUCCACCCCUCUCUGCCUCAGUGCCUGUGCAGUGCUGUCCCCCUGCUCCUUAAGGUCCCUCGCCUUGGCCUGGUGCUGGCAGGGGAGAGGGGACCCUGCAUGAAAGGCCAGCCCCCUUUUCAUCACUGCAGAUUGUGCUUUUACACUCACCAAAGGUGCCUUUUCCCAGAUGGGGCUGGAACUGUACUGCAGGGGCUCAUCCCAGGCAGUCCUGAGCAGCUCUGCCUCUGCAUACUGAGGUGUGGGUGCACACUGGCGCCCCAAGGGAUAGCCAGCAGCCCCCAGACUCAGCCUUAAGGGCAGCAGCACCCUCAGCACCCGCUCCUCCUCCCCAGCUUUGCCAGGGGCCUGCUGGGCUACAAAGAACCACCUUGUUAGCCCUGUUGCACUGAGCUGGGAAACUACCUCUGCUUCCUCAGCACUGCCUUGAACCGUUCUGCAUGCGCAGUGGUACCCCUCAGGGCUGUUCCUUAGUGCAACCAAAGGGAACACGGCAUUGCCACGUCCCACAGAGCUUGGGGAUGUGAACCCCACAGACCUGUCUGCAGCUGAGGGCUCUGUGGGGAUGUGUUGUUCACAAAGGGACAGCUGGGACCCUUUGCCCAAGGUGGCCUGUCACAAUUUUGCCUGUGUGGUUGGUUGAUGUAAAAAAUAAAAGUUUGGGGGAAUA